AUGGACAUCGAAGCAGAAACCACUUGCAACGGAAUCAAGCGAAAGAAACCCUACGAGGAGCUAAAGCCUACCGCUUCCGGCGAUGACGCUCGUACGGCGGAACAUGAGGCCACAUCAGAGAAGAAUUCCGAUAGUGACGGUGGUGGAGUGGACGCGCAGGAGAAUAAAACGGAGGAUUUGGAACUUAUGGAGAAAUCGGACCGUGAAAUUGCGGCGAGUAUUGAAAGGUUCAAGAGAAAUUUGCAGAUUAUAGGUGUUAAGUUGCCUGAUGGAGGUGAAAAGUACAAGGCGAUUUUAAGAAGACAUGAAUAUGAACUCGAACGGAGGAAGAAACUUCAGUUAGAGAAGGUUUGUCAUCUCCUCUGCCACAAACCCCCACCCUCCGCCGGCAUCUUUAUAACAACCCUCGGUAUGUCAAACAACUCGGAAUUUGGACAACAUAGUAUAGGAGGGGAACAUGAGGAUGAAGGCAAUUCAUAUAGUUCGGGUAAACAUCAUUCUUAUGUUUGUGACUAUUUUGACCUAUUACCGGUUGCACCCAAUGGGGACAAAAAAGCAAAAUGCAGUGCUUGCGGACGGGUGUAUGUUACGAAUGCAAGCUCGGGGACAUCUAACUUAAGACGACAUAUCCCUAAAUGUUUUGAUAUUGAUGAGCCUGGUCAGGCGAAAAAACAAAAACGCGCCCCUUUAGAUCAAGCGAUGUACAGGGAGAAGUUAGCAAUUUCAAUUAUCAAACAUAACUACCCUUUCAGCUAUGUUGAGCAUGAGGAAACAAGAAAUUUGCACAAAUUUCUACACGGUGAUGUUAAAUUCAUAACAAGAAAUACUGCAAAGGCGGAUGUCUUAAAGAUAUACGAGCGAGAGAAGAUGAUUCUUAAAGACAAGUUAGAAAAGGUAACCGGUAGGAUAUGCUUGACUUCUGAUUUAUGGAGUUCGAUCACGACAGAUGGAUUUAUGGCAUUAACAGCUCAUUAUGUUGAUGAGAAUUGGAAUCUAAGGAAAAAAGUGCUAAACUUUAGAGUUAUACCCCCUCCACACACUGGUUCCAUUUUAGCAGAGCACUUGAUCAUUUUUUUAGCAGAUUGGGGCAUCGAGAAAAAAGUUUUUACCAUCACACUAGACAAUGCAAAAUACAAUGACAUAUUAGUAUAUCGUUUAAAAGAUCAUUUGCGUUUGAAUAACGCAUUAGUGUGUGAUGGAGAUUUUACUCAUGUGCGUUGUUCAGCGCACGUGUUAAAUCUUAUCGUUCAAGCCGGAUUGAAAGUAAUUGAAGGGGCCAUUGAAAAGGUGCGAGAGUCGGUGAAAUACGUGAGAGCAAGUGCUGCUAGGAAGGAUAAGUUUGCGGAAUGCAUACAAAUACUUUCACUACAGUGUGGGAAGUAUGUUCGUCAAGAUAUUGUAACGAGAUGGAACUCUACAUAUCUUAUGCUUGAUUGUGCAUUAGCUUAUCGACGGGCUUAUACUCGGUUAGCCUUAGUUGAUUCAAGUUUUCAAACUUCUCCGUCAGAAGAGGAAUGGGUAAGGGUGGAAAUAAUCACACGACUUUUGAAACCUUUUUAUGAAAUCACGACUUUGUUUUCUGGAAGCUCUUAUCCUACCUCGAACUUAUAUUUUCAUCGCGUGUGGAGAAUUCGGUUGUAUAUUGAAAAAGAGAUGUGCAAUGUGGAUCAAGUUAUUAGUGGCAUGGCGAAAGACAUGAAAGAAAAGUUUGAUAAAUAUUGGAAAAGUUAUUCCAUGAUUUUGUCUUUUGCGGCUAUUCUAGAUCCUCGGUACAAGGUUAAGCUUAUUGAAUAUUGUUUUUCAAAACUUAACAUGACAUUUAAAGAGCGUGAAGAGAAAUUGAAGCGUAUUAUGGAUGGUAUGCAUAAGCUAUAUGAUAAGGAGUAUAAUAUUCAAUCGGAGACAAUGCAUGAUUCUUUAACACCCGAGAGUUCAAAUGUUAGUGGCAAUAUGCUCGACGAGUUGGAUGGGUUCGAUACAUUUCAAAGCCAAUACAAAGUUGUUGAUAAUGAAAAGUCACAGUUGACAUUGUAUUUGGAGGAACCUAGCGUUGAUAGAAAAGUAGAACUUGAUGUUUUACAGUAUUGGAAGGAUAAUCAAGUAAGGUAUCCAAAACUAGCUGUAAUGGCUCGUGAUAUAUUGAGCAUCCCGAUUACUACUGUUGCUUCCGAAUCAUCUUUUAGUAUAGGAGGUCGGGUGUUAAGUAAGUAUCGAACUUCAUUGUUAUCAUCAAAUGUUGAGGCAUUGCUAUGCACACGUGAUUGGUUAUUUGAUUUAGAAGAUGAAAACGAUAACGAAAUGGAUGAAGAUCUUGCUGAAGACAUUAAAGCAUUGAUUCCAACUUUUGGCAACUUUUAG